AUGGCAAAAACCAUAGAAGACGUUAAGGAGAGACUCGAGGCAUUCCAGGGGAUCUUAUCGUUCUGGAACAAGUCCCUCAGAGAAUCAACACCUAAUGAACAAGUGGGCAAGGCCAAAGUGGUUAACCCAUUGGAAGAGGUAAACAAGUUAGCUAAGUUAAUCAAAGCGCAUUCUACUAAAACAGGUAUAGCCUUUUCAUCUGCAACUAUUGGGAAGCAUUGUGAUGCUGGAUAUGAUUGUAUUCAGAAAUUGAGUGAAAGCAUGAUGUUUAUGCUUCAGAUCCGUUUUGAAUUGAACCCAACAGAAAUGUCACAAUUGCACUAUGACGAAGUGUUCCAGUUGAUCAUCUCACUUUUCGAGGCCAGUACUUCGUUUUCAACUGAAUUGAUUAAGCUUGUUGAUGAAGUGGAAGCAGCCAAGGAUGGCGGUAAUGAUAAUGAAGCAGCAGCAGGAAGUGAUAAGUUAGAUAAUACCACUGAGGGUACGAUAGAUAGUGGUAGAUUGGUUUCUGUGGGUAGAAUGUGGUCUAUUUGUGAUGAGCUUGUUCUGGUGGUUCAAGGUGGCAAAGUAGCAGUUUUAUCAAAGAAACUUAAACAAAGUAUCGCGUUGAUAGACGAUGGGCUCGAGGAAUUUGCUGAAUGGACUGAGAAUCCAGACUCUUUUGAUAUUGAAGAUCCCUUUGGAUUCUCCGAUGAGUUUGAUUCAGAUGAAGAAGAUGAUACAAGAGUUCCUACACACGAAGUGAAUGAAAGUGAUGAUGAAGAUGAUAAAACAGAAUUGUUGGCAUUUGCAAAGGUCUGGUUACAAAAUAUCAAGUUGAUUAAACUUCUACUUAACUCUCUUGCGAAAUCGCUUUCUUCAGCUACUAAGGGGCAGGUCAUUGAUACCAUCUACAAAACACAGCUUAACGUGGUCGGACUUAUAGACAAACUUAUAGUCGAUUUGAUGAUGGACCAAGUAAUCGACGAUGAAAUUGAAGGCUAUGGUAAGGAAAUUGGAUCUAAUUGUUUCAAGAUUGUCAAGAUUACAAAGGAUGUCAACAAGCAGAAUGAAUCCAAAGUCAAGUGGUGUACAGCAUGGGAAGCUAAAUUUACGGAUAAUAAUAAUAAAAAUAAUAAAAAUAAUAAUAAUAAUAAUAAUAACUAA